GCGGCGCGGCCUGGCGCGGUUGCCAUGGAGCGCGCGGCGGUGCUGCGCGUGAAGCGGAAGCGCGGCGGGGCGGCGCCGGCCGAGGCCCUGCUCUUGGCCUGCAAGCGGCUGCGGAGCGACCCGGGCGGAGGCGGAGGCGAUGGCGUGGAGGAGCGCCUCUUCGCGCUGGUGGCCACCGUGGCCUCGGAGGAUGAACCUGUGCAGAAGUACAUCCAAGAAGCUAUUACCAAAGAGAAAGCGGCUCAGCGCCUGCGACCCUCAUUGGGAAGCGCCCAGAGAGUAACUCAAGACCUUCGCGCAUCCAAGCAAGCCAGAAGGCAGGAAAGCCGCUACCGCCUGAUAGCCAGCCACCGUCCCACUUUCACCGAGGACAAAAGUGUGGCUCCUGCAGAUCGGGCGGAAUCCAAUGAAAACAAGCACCUUUUCCCUGAAGAAAAUAGGGAGACUGCCCAGAAAGAAAGCCACGGUCCUUCGGGCUGUUGUGGUGAAUUUCAGUUAUUUGAUAUCGUACAAGAGGAGGAUGUGGAGACAGACCCUGGUGUGCCGCAGCAGAAAACUGAUGCUCCAGAUGAGAUUCUCUGCAAUGCCGUGAAGAUGAUUCGUGAGCGUCUAACAGUAUCCAACACUACUAAAGACGGAGAGCAGAACAGGGAGGAAGAGGAGUAUGUCUAUGAUCUCUAUUAUAUGGAAGCAAUGCCCUCAGGCUGGAUUGAGAACAUACUGUCUGUACAGUGCUACACACAGGAUUGUGAAUUGGUAAGCGAGGUGGAUGACGAACAUGUCCCAGAAGAAAUAUACGAUGAUGAAGACGAUGAGAACAAUGAGAACAACUGGCGUAAUGACUACCCGGAUGAAGAUGAGUUCUUUGAGGAAGAAGAUAAAGAUAGUGAUAGGGAAGCAAGUGGAAGCAGUGGUGAAGAUAGAGGAUACAUCCGAAGAACGUGGGAGAAAUACCAGUCUGAUGUCCUACAGGAGUUUGAUUAUGAUGGGUUCCGAGAACUGGAUUCUGAAUAGUGCAGGGAACUUUAGGGCCCAGGUGACUGUUUGCGAUGGCCUUUGAAGUCUGCAUCACAACACCUGUGUCAUUCAUCAUGGUGGGUGCUGUGUGGCUGCCUCACUGCUUAUGGAAGCACUGGCAGUCAAUUCAAGGAGAGAGAAUAUGAAACAUUUAAUAGGAUUUUAGAUCUCUCUCUGUCUUUGCAAAUUCUGUCUGAAAAAAAGAGCAGUGGAUAUGAAAGACUUGUCAGGUGCCAAAUUUUACCAUAGUGGGAUGCUCAAACCGAAAGGUACAGAAAAGACUGGUUCCUGGAAGAUACCCGUUUGUCUUCCAUGGUCAUUAUUGCACGUUUACAGAUCUGCUGUGGACUGAAGGAAGACGAUGUGUCUAAUUUGUUGAUUUUCCCUUUUGCACUUUCCAUUGCUGGACCACCAGUACUUGGUGUUUGAAUAUGUAAAUAUAUAGACCCGUUUUCUUGAA